UAGGUAGCCAAGCUUCCAGCUGUUACAGUGGUCAUUUCAUCUGAUCUGGGCAAGGCAUUUUCCUUUCGCCCACCGAUUUUAUUUAACUUUUUUAGCCAUGCUCGUUGGGGUACCACAUCGGAAAUCCUGAAAUCCAGCGGUCAGAAACUCUUCCUUGGAAAGGAUCGCUCCAACAUAUGCUAUGGAGAACGGUUUUCCAGCUCGGUUCGAUCUGCAAGAGCAAAUCGGAAAAGGAACCUUCAGUGUCAUUCGACGAUGCUUCGACAAGAGGAACGAGCGAGUGUGUGCGGUGAAAAUUGUGGACCUUGCGAAGAUGUCAUCUUCCAGUGGCCUUACAGAGGAAGAUUUACAAAGGGAGGCCCGCAUUUGUCAGAAAUUGCGCCAUCCACAUAUUGUGGAAAUUAUAGGGGCUUACUCGAUGGAUGGCCAUAUUUACAUGGUGUUUGAGUACAUGGAUGGUGCAGACUUGUGUUUUGAAAUAGUGAACCGUGUUCAUGCAGGUUUUGUUUACAGUGAAGCUGUAGCAAGUCACUACCUCAGACAAGUUCUGGAAGCAGUGUCUUUCUGUCAUGAAAAUGAUAUUAUUCAUCGUGACCUCAAGCCUCAUAACAUUCUAUUAUCAAGUAAGGAGAAUUCAGCUCCAAUCAAGAUUGCUGACUUUGGUGUCGCUACAGAAAUUGGGGAAGAAGGUUAUGUCACAAGUGGUCGCAUAGGAACACCACAUUUCAUGUCACCAGAGGUCAUAAACAGGGAACAGUAUGGAAAGCCUGUGGAUGUUUGGGGAUGUGGUGUAAUACUCUUUAUUCUCCUGAGUGGAUCCUUUCCCUUCCAUGGCACAGGGGAAAAAGUAUAUGAGUCUAUCAAGAAAGGCAUCCCCACAAUGAGAGCGAAGAUUUGGGACAACAUUUCUGAUGAAGCAAAAGAUUUAGUGAAGAAGAUGUUGACACAUGAUCAGAAUGACAGACUGACGGCACGAGAAGCACUUCAGCAUCCAUGGCUAAGUAAUCGCAAUGUGCCUCAGAGAAUGCAUCUUCAAGACUCAGUAGAUGAAAUGAAAAAGUUCAAUGCGAGAAGAAAGUUGAAGGGAGCUAUCUUGGCUGCUGUAGCCAGUAGAAAAUUCCCAAUGGCAAAUGGCGAUGUUAUUGGGUCUCAGGACGAUGUUUUUGAGUAUGAAGAUGACGACUUGUCGGCUUCAGGGGCUAUUGGCCAACUUCUCGACUCACUAGAAGAGAUCCAAGUUCUCACUGGAGCGAACGACGAAGAUGUAAACUUUUUACAAAACUUUUUCGAACAUCAAACUCUGCAAGCCUUAUUAGAGGUCUAUGAUAGAAGUCAAGAGUGGACUGAUGAAAAUAGGACUUGUCCGUCAGCGUCCUCUCCGAGAGCCGUGCAAGACGCAAAAGAGGUUGUUGAAUUGAUCGAGUUUCGGGCAGAGGACGACGACGAUUGUUACGAGUUACAAAAUAUCUUGUCGGACCCUCAUGUCAUGGCAAUGCUGCAGUCGCACGAUGAGGUGCUGAGAAAUACUACCUCAGGUGAAGAAGUCAAUCCGUAUCAGCCCGAUAACACAACUCCGUACAGCAGUAGGAUGGACGAUUCUGUAGGAGAUCGACCGGAAAAACUAACACGUGUUCGACUCGUCCAGUUUCACAAGAAUCCCAACGAACCUAUGGGCAUCACUCUUAAGCUAAAUGAAGAGGGAAGGUGUAUUGUGGCGCGGAUCAUGCAUGGGGGAAUGAUUCACAGACAAGGCACACUACAUCCAGGAGACGAAAUCAGAGAAAUAAAUGGAGUGAACGUGGCGGAUAAAUCAGUGGAAAAUCUUCAAGCUAUUUUGCGUGACGCAAGUGGAAAUGUGACGUUCAAAAUUGUACCAAGCUCAAGAAAUGUCACGCAAGUUUCUGAGGUGUUCGUGCGGGCGCUGUUUGAUUACGACCCCAGAGGGGAUGACCUUAUUCCAUGCCAACAGGCUGGGCUAUCGUUCUCUUGUGGGGAUAUUAUUCAAGUAGUGAGCAAAACCGACCCAUAUUGGUGGCAGGCUAUGAAAGCUGAUGAUAAAGACGGCUUUGCUGGACUCGCUCCCUCGCCCGAGCUACAGGAAUGGCGAGUUUCGUGUUUAGCGGCGGAAAAAGCCAGGAAACAGAAUGGUGCAACAUGCAUCUGGUUCAACAAGAAAAAGAAGAGCGGUCGGGAUAAGUACGUCGCUAAACAUAAUGCAGUGUUCGAUCAGCUUGAUCUGGUUACUUACGAAGAAGUGGUGAAGCUGGAUUACUUUAAACGAAAGACGCUUGUUCUUCUUGGGGCCCAUGGUGUCGGAAGAAGGCAUAUAAAAAACACGCUCAUAAAUAAAUACCCCGAAAGAUUUUCUUACCCGAUUCCACAUACAACACGAGAACCAAAAGACGGGGAAGAGGAUGGGAAGAACUACUUCUUCGUCUCCGCUGAGGACAUGUUAUUGGACAUAGAGGCAAACAAGUACCUGGAGUAUGGAACACAUCAGGGAGCCAUGUAUGGCACCAAACUCGACACGAUAAGGGACAACCUCAAUCAGGGCCUUACAGCUAUACUCGACGUGGAACCUCAGGCACUCAAGGUUCUUCGGACGGCCGAAUUCUCUCCGUACGUUGUCUUCAUCUCUGCGCCAACUAUCGUUGGAAACGACAGCAUGAAAGGCUCGUCCACGCCAAAUGGAGAUGUUGCUGACGAAAGUCUUCAGCGGCUUGCCAAAGACUCGGACUCACUCCGUCAGACUUAUGGACAUUUGUUCGAUCUGACAAUCGUCAACAAUGAUAUCGAGGACACCAUACGCCUGCUGGAGGACGAUCUCGAACGCCUCCGAAGAACACCCCAGUGGGUACCCGUGUCAUGGGUGUAUUAAGCCCCCCCCCCUCCCUUCCUGCGAAUGAUGCGAGUAUGACGUGACGUAAUCCAUCUCUUCCCAUUCCCCCUCUUCCAGAUUGGAAAUAACGUCACUAGACCCACUCCCUCUGCGCCAGCUGUAAGACGAACUAACAUUUACAGUCAUUCCACUUAUACACAAUCCCACUGCUGGAGUUUUGAGUCGUCGCCUGCCUGUUCCGUUAGGAUCAGUUUAUGUCCAUCCACCAAUCACGUGAUAGCCUCGAUAUCCGCGGAGUUCUACAAAGGGCACUGGGCACCAGGGCGGGAGUUUUGAAAACCUGCUGUCUUGUUGUAUAGGGGAGAUUCAGUCUCACUUUGAACUGCUAUAUACCAGUAAUAAUUGAAAAUUUAUUUUGUGUGCGACGGAGUAGCAAGUUUCACACUCUCAAGUCUUGGUAAUAUAGUCACGGAAAACGGAGUGAUAGCCUUGAAGAGGCUAUCACACUUCAUUUUGUACAGAUCUUUGUAGUAUUACUGCAUUAGGAUUGUAGCUGUUUUCUCUCGCAGAUAAAGUUAGAAAUAAAAUUGCUAUCAAAUACGCUAUCCCGUUCUUGCUCAGUUUUUAACUUGGUUAAUUUAUGACAGAUGUUAUGUUGGGUUCCUCAGUGCUCGACCAGUCACCGUGUAAGAGACAUGUCGUAUGUAUACAAAGUUAACACAGGCACGUGCCGAUAAGUUGCACGUGUGUUUGUUAGUUCUGAUUGGCUGGCAAGUCUGGAAGCCAACAAAAACAUGUCAAACCUAAGCAAGACUUUAAGCUAAGAGUAGCAGCAAGUCGCAACGCAUGCUUAAUAGAACUUAAGUUUUUCUCCCCUUUGAUUGCAAAGGCUGAGUUGUUUAUCUUUGCGAAAGAAUUGUUUAUUUUAUGAAUGGAACCAGCAUUUGGAUUGAGAAAAAGGUUUGAGAAUUUAACCGUGUUUUCCAAGUUCUAGUAAAUGGGUUUACACUUGCGAAAUAUGUGUAAAAGGCAAAGAUUACUGAAUUUCUUAAUAUAAGUUAUAAAAUUAUAUCUUCUCUAACAAUUCUACAUGAGUGAGUUGUAAAGUCUUGGCCAUGAAAAUUAUUUUUGCUUUUAAGUUAAAUGGUCCAAAAAAUAGACAAAAUAAGCGUUUUUAUGGUGAUUGUCUGAGGUUCAAUUUCCUUGCAAAACGUCAGUCUUCGAGCGUUUUUUUUUUCCUUUCUUUUUUCACUGAGAUCGUGUUUAGAUUCGCAGGAAAACGAAGCACCGUUUUAAAAUGGCCAUUAGCAGCAUGUUUAAGAAGGGGACGUGGUUUCUUCUAUUUGUUUUGUUUGUUUGUUUUUGGUAGCUUGGUAGCUUGCAUGUAGAUAAGGCGUUUGGUAACACACUGAGUAAACCCUCGCUAUUUUGAACACGGUAUAAUUUAAUGUGCCAUGUCUGUGGACUUAAAAGCAUCAUUAAAUAAAACUGGCCCCUACAGCUUGGUAUGAAUGAACGUCAAUUAGCAUUGAAUAUUUCUCGAGAUUCGCUCGGAGUCAUUCGUUGUAGUCGAUUUAGGGCUUAUCUUGUAAAUCAUGUCACAUUCAGUGGUAAUGUAAAUUGGAGCGGGCUUCUGGCGCGGUAAAAGUUCUGAAUUGAAUAGCAUUGGUAGAUGAAACUCGCUUUUGUAAUUAACUGUUUUUAUAGAGGGAUAAUUGUACAAUAAAGUAUUUGGAACAUGUA